GUAAGCAAUAGUUUCAUUGAUUUGUGUGUAUAUGUGCCUUUCUCUUUUCUACUUUGGCCAUGGCGCUCGACUUGACUCUGGAUUCAAUUGAAGAUGUCAUUAAUGUCGUCGAGUUAUUACAGUCAAUGUACUAUGGAGAAGACGAAUUUCGUUUUCGAAGCGAACGAGAUUUGACGACAUAUCGUGAAUUACAGCAGCUCCACGAAACCAAUGACGACGAUAAACUGAAUCAGACAAAGAACGUGGGAGAAUCGAUCAGUUUUGAAAUCAAGCUUCUUUUAUCAGCUCGUGACCAGGAGCUGCCGCUGUCAAUCUUUUGUCAACUGUCCAUCAAACGACAGGCCGAGUUCGAUCUUGCUAUUGCUUCUGCCAACAGCGCCUGGCUAUCGCGCGAAGCGCAUCGUUCAUUAACAGAGCUUUUGCAGGCGUACGAAGCUAGUGCAGAUGACCGUGCUUCAUGCAUCCUUGAAAAAAUUCAGUAUGUUCAGGCCGAAGCCGAGCCUAUCGCUGAACGAGCAUUAGCCGAACAAGAAGCCAUUGACAAAAAGAAAAAUGCCAAGGAUGAAGGUCCCUGCACAUUUGUCCGGGAAUGGAUUUGGUUUCCUAUGAUUUAUACCCGAGAAAAGCGUGGACAUAUUAUCGACUGGGCACCAAAAUACAAGAUCACUGGAUUUCUGUGCCCAGGAAAACCAGGUGCUAUGUGUCUAGAAGGAAAAGAGAAGGAUGUAUCACGGUUCAUCAACGAUAUCAAAACCGUUUCUUGGUCCGAUAUACCAGCUUCACAUCGCAAAAUGUCUUCCAAAUGGCAAGAGAAAACGGAAUGCGAAUCAGUUGCAGCAAUGAACGCUUUAAGGCGGUUUUGUGAUAUGACUGAGCAUAAAUUUGAUAUUCACGGCCAAUUCGCUAACCACAAUGACCUUAACAAGCUGCAAGACUGGAUGAAGGAAAAUGGAUGUGGCGAAGCAUUUGAUCAUUUGUUCGAUUAUGAUCUGCAGAAUUAGAAAACCAACAACUAUUAACUAUAGAUUUUAUAAUAACACAUAGAACUUACAUAGUAAUUGUAUAAUAAUACAUUCUUUUUUAUUUCAUGUCACUUU